GCCGCGGCAAUCGGAACACUAAGCGCUUGUGACUGCACGAUAUCGGAGCGAGUGAGCGAUGUACCGCGCUUUAUGAUUGUGAUCGUUUCGCAUCGUUUCGACUAGGAUGUAACAUUUGCACGCGCAAGUAAACUGUAAAUAUGAGCGAAAACCGCACAUUGAGCGUUCUGCUCAUCGUAACUGUCUUGUACUUAUCGAAAAUCGGAGAAACGCAAGCCCGCCAACAGUUCACGGCGCGACCGCAGAAUCACACUGUGAUACAGGGAAGCGAAGUCGUUCUCCGCUGCCGCAUCCGCGACCGGGAGGGACCCGUGCAAUGGGCGUACGACGGCCGACCGUUCGGCCACGUGACGGAUUACUCUUUACCUGGCUACCCACGCUACUCGAUGGUCGUUAACGAGGAGCAGGGUCAGUUCGACUUCAAGAUCGCGCAGGCAACGCUACCCGAAGACGACGCGAAGUUCGAGUGCCAGGUGCUCGGCGAGCCGAAGCUGCGCGGCGCUGCCAUGGUAACGGUGAUCGCGCCGCCCGAAUCGCCGCGAAUUCACGGCGUUCCGAACGGCACCGUCGUCGAGAUGGUGCCGGGAGACGCGCGCAACUUCACAUGCGUGUCCAACAACGGCAAGCCGGCUGCGGCCGUCAAAUGGCUGCGUAAUGGACGGCAGUUGACGACCGAUGUGUGGAACACGGUGACGGACGCUGUGCACAAGCGCGAGAACGCGCGCAGCAUGCUGCUGCUGCGACCCAACAAGGAGGACAACGGAAUCCGCGUCGCCUGCGAGGCGCACAGCCAGGCGCUGCCGUCGCCGCUCUACACCGCCUUCUACCUGAGCGUGCUGUACGCUCCGGGUCCGCCGAGCAUCCACGGCUACACGAGCGGUAAGGUGGUGCGGCAGGGCGACGCAAUGCGGCUCGUCUGCGUGUCGCACGACGGCAACCCGCUCGCGUCGCUGCGCUGGAAGCGUAACGGAGUCGCCAUCGACCUCUCCUUCUUCACGCUCGACCGCGAACGCCUCGCCAACAACCCGCACAACUUCACCGCGCGCGCCGCCGACAACGACGCCGUCUACCGGUGCGAGGCGACGAACGCCUUCAUGGAGCGCAACAACAUGGCGCCGCUGACGGCCGAGGUGCGCGUGCGCGUGCACUUCCCGCCGGCGAGCGUCGAGAUCCUAGGUCACGAUGAGGUCACCGAGGGAGGUCGUGUCAACCUAACGUGCGUGACGGCGAACAGCAACCCGCCGGCGGAGAUCUCGUGGAUCGUCGACGGACGCGGCAUCGACGGGCGACCGGAUGGCGCGGAGGAGUCGGUGGACGGCGGCUAUGUGACGCGCUCGAGCGUGACGCUGCGGCUGCGCGAGAAGCGACGCAGCGUCGUCGUCUACUGCCAGGCGGUGAACGCCGCGCUCGGCCAGAGCGCCAUGACGACGAAGACGCUCACCGUCGUCUACCCGCCCAACCAGCCGACGAUCCUCGGCUACUCGGAGGGCGCCACCGUCGUCGCCGGACAGGUGCAGCGACUCAUAUGCAUGGUCGUCGACGGCAACCCGCAGCCGGAGGUCACGUGGUGGCGCGACGACGUCGAGCAGACGGGCGACGGGGUUGCCACGACGACCGAUCAGAACGCCGUCAGCGUGCAGCUGACGAUCGUCGUCUCCCCGAGCGACAACAGCGCCGUCUACCGUUGCCGCGCCAGCAACGCGGCGACGGAACCCGGCGCCCUCGAAACGAACACGACCCUCGCUGUCCACUUCCCGCCCUACUCCGUCGCCAUUACCAGUGACCCUGAGGUCGCGCGCGCCGACAACGCCGUGACCUUGACCUGCCGGUCGGCGAGCAGUAACCCGGCCGCCGAGGUCACGUGGCUGAAGAACGGUCGGCGGAUCACGGCGACGCCUAACGGCACGCACGCGGGCGACUACGGCGGAACGGUGACCACCAGCUUCCUGCGCGUGAACCUCACCGCAGACGACGACCAAUCGGUGGUGAGCUGCCGCGCGAAGAACGCUCUGCUCGCGCACACGGCGCACCAGGACGUGACGCUGAACGUGCUGUACCCGCCGACGUUCGCCGGCGACGUGCCCCGCAACAUCGACGUCAUCGAAGACGCGCCGCUCAUCGCCAACUACAGCGCGCGCGCCAACCCGGCCGACGUCGCGUACCAGUGGAAGAGGGACGGCGAGGAGUUCGAGGAGAUACGCGGGGGUCGAGGGGAGGAGCACGUACGCACGGACGGACGAGUGAUGAAGGUGCUUCAGGCUUACCGCAACGACACGGCCGUCUACACGCUGUCGGCGCAGAACUCCGAAGGCACGACGGCGAUCGAUAUCGCCGUGAACGUCAUGUACGCGGCGAAGAUCGUGCAGACGACGUCGCCGGUCGUCGUCCGCCAGGGGGCGCCGGCGACGCUCGAGUGCGACGCCGAGGGGAACCCGAUGCCGGAGACGAUCGUCGCGUGGUCGCGCGCCGGCUACGACAUGUCGCGCGCGCGCGUCACCCCCGGUCGCCAGUCGACGUUGACGGUUGACGCCGUCGCUAAGGAGGACGCUGGCGCGUUCGCAUGCGAGGUGUUUAACGGCAUCGGGGAGAGCGCGCGGGAGGAGAUCCGUCUCGUCGUCCUCUUCUCUCCGAUCAUCGACCGCUCGCCUCGCUUCUCCCGCGCCGCCUCGGAGAACGGCGCCACGGCGCGGCUCCUCUGCGUCGCGCAAGGUCACCCAGAGGUCAGCUUCUCGUGGUCGCGAGGGGGCGCCAAGGUGAACACGACGACGCGGCGGAAGUUCGAGAUCGAGUCGCGGAAAUACGACGACACGCACUUCGAGAGCAUCCUGCGCGUUGCGGCCGUCACUCCCCUCGACUACGGCGAAUACGCCUGCCUCGCACAGAACAGCCAGGGUGCGCAGGAGACCACCGUCCGGCUGGGCGGGACCAGCCGCCCAGACGCGCCGUACGCGCUCGCUGUCGUUGACAAGUCGUUCAACAGUGUGAAGGUGACGUGGACGCCGGGCUUUGACGGCGGCCUGCACCAGGCGUUCCGCGUGCGCUACCGGCGCCUCGACGACACGGCAGAGGUGUAUCACUACGUCGACGUGUACCCGACGAAUGCCACCGAGUUCCUCGUGCCUGGCCUGGAGCGUAACACCGAGUACGAGCUGUCCGUGAUGGCCUAUAAUAGACUGGGCGAUAGUGGAUACCAGCAGACAGCCAUUACAACUAAGACAGCUAGCGAAAUACCAGCAGAAGCAGGUAUCCUCGGCAUCAGGAAGGGAAGUGACAAGAUGCCUAUUCUUCUCAUCGUCGCCAUUGCCAUCAUCGGAGCGAUUCUACUGGCAAUCAACAUCAUGCUCGUGAUCUACUUUGUCAAGUAUAGACGUGGCAAGAAGGAGGAGGAAGCGGCCGCUGCCGAGACGGACACCAAGUCGAACACCGUCGAGAUGUACAGUCACGUCGACGACCUCGCUCGCGACGACUUCUCCGAAAGUGGCGCCCACUACGGGGACCGUCCGGCGGCCGGCAGCCGUGGAUUCUACCUGGACGACGCUACCCUGGAGCAGGCGAGCAUCUACCACGGAACGAGUCCCACCUACAAGACGUUCCGCGAUGCCUACGCGGCGCAGCACGGUGGCGCCGCCUACAAGGAGGCCGAGUCGGACGUGGAGGACUACUCGGAGGCGUUGCGGCGGCAGCAGUACGGGUACGGGUACGCGCGAGGCACGCCCGACCCGUACACGACCUACAGUCGGCUGCAGUCGUCACAGGCCAACAUGGCCGCCAGGAGUCCCUCCGCGCAAGCUGACAGAAUCCGCAACCCCCCUGCUCCACCGAUGCGAUCCACCAGUCACCUGGGAGGUAGCCACCAGCAGUUGAACGGUGGCAUCACAACGAUGCCGACGCGACAACAGCCGCGCUACGUCGCCGACCCCACCUCCCGCAGCAUCAGCACGACCCCGUACACCCGCCGCCCCACCCUGCCGCAGACCACGCCCAUCGACCCACGCUGCAACAGCGCCAACCCGUACUCGACGCGACCCGCAGUGGCGCCACCGUCGCCACCGCUCACCGUUCGGCCGCAUAGAACGAAUCCUAGAGUGACGCCGAGAGCCUACGAUUACGUAGAUACGUCCGUCUAUGGCACGCGCAAAGAUUAUUGCAAUCCCAAGUUGUGAUCGUGUGAUGGGAUGAUAUCUCCGCUCUCGCUCGCAGGGCCCUCCUGCCAUGCUUCUGCAGGUUUUUCUAGAGCAUGCGUAGACGAUCAGUGAUGGGUGGUGGCGUGUGUGUGAUCGCCAAGGUCAGCGCGCGCGUGUGCGUUUGCCUAUAAGGCUUUCAGACGACAGACACCCCGCACCCCGAAUACUGCCUGCAUUACUGCUUGCAUUAUAGGUAGCGCUCGUCCCUAGAGAUCCCUUGUUUACGCCGCAUGCUCGGUAGACCGCGCGGUCGGCCAUAUAUUAUUA